AUGAAGCUUCUUAGCUUAUUAUUUCUUUUGAUCAUUUCCGUUUGCCUUCUUGAUUUUGCUAUUGCUCAGCGAGGCGGAGGAAGAGGAGGAGGCGGAGGAAGAGGCGGUGGCGGAGGAAGAGGUGGUGGCGGCUGGGGCGGUCGAGGCGGCGGUGUUAGAAGUCGUGGCGGUGGUUGGGGCGGAAGUCGUGGAGGUUGGGGUGGACGAGGCGGCAGCUGGGGUGGACGAGGUGGCGGUGGAUGGGCUGGACGUAGAAGCGAUUGGGGUGGACGUGGUGGAGCCUGGGGAGUUCGCGGAGGAGGUUGGGGACGUGGCAGAGGAAUCGGAGGUCGCGGACUCUAUCGUGGAGGAUACGGCGGCCGUGGAUAUCACGGUGGACUUGGCGGUCUCGGAGCUCUCGGAGCUAUUGGAGCAAUCGGAGCUCUCGGUCUGAUGGGAAUGCAUCAACCAUAUUACUACGGAGGAAAUCACAUGUACGAACCCACCGGCUUCCAGAGUCAAUGUUCGGCGCAAUUCAUCGAUUAUGUUGGAAAUCAGCCAACAUUCUAUUGCGACUAUUGGAUUUGCGCUCGUGGCGGAGAUCAUGGUGGUGGUGGUGGUCAUGAUGGUGGACAUGGCGGUGGUCAUGAUCAUGGUGGACACGAUCAUGGAGGACACGAUCAUGGAUGGGGUGGACAUGAUCACGGAUGGGGUGGGCAUGAUCACGGAUGGGGUGGGCAUGAUCACGGAUGGGGUGGACAUGAUCACGGAUGGGGUGGACAUGAUCACGGAUGGCAUGGUUGGAGAGGAGAUCAUGGAGGUGGCGGGGAUGGCAGAGACUAUUCUAACAAUUACUAUGGAAGACGACGACACGGAUUCGGACUACUUGGUGCCCUAUUCGGACUGAAUCGUCAAUACUAUGGAUAUCCGAAUACCAAUUAUGGCUGCUCGGCGCAGUUCAUCGACUAUGUUGGAAAUAUGCCACGAUACUACUGCAAUUGUCCACCGUAUCCGCCAAACUAUCAGUACAAUCAGUGCGUUGUGAUGGGAAAACGAUGA